GGGUCCUUUAUAUGGACACACAGACGAUAUUAACAUAGGAAACCUUCUAAACUUUAUUGGCUACGAGCUUCAGGCCGUAACAGUACCGGAUUACAUACCGAGGGACACAUAUGGCGACCAUGUCAUAUUGAUCAACGGCAAGACAGACCCCGACAGCACUCAUCCGCCCAUCGACCAAGGUGUUUCACUGUUAGUGACGAACAACAUCAAGAUGAGCGUCAUUUUGGUCGGUGACCACGCCACCGAAUAUCUGGUCGAGAAAGCGCUGGAGACAGGUGGCACCACCUAUCGGCUGGCAGAGGAAAAUAUCGAACACUUGGACGUGUUGCUGAGGCAGAUAGCGGAGGAGGAGGCUGAGGCAUCCGACAUUGGAGCGCUGGCAUCAACUCUG